UCAAUCACCUUAUCUUGCGUUUCAAACAGAGCCACAAGAGUCGUCGUAUAUCCACGCGAAUAUUACUUGGCGAAAUUGAUAAAUAUCGAUUGUAAUCAGACACAUACUUAGUUUCUCAAGAUCUUGUCCCUGUAUCAGAUUUUCACAGUUAACUAUGGCCAUGUAUAAAUUCUUCUGUUUAUGUUUAUUUGCAGUCGCAGCAAAUGCAGAUCUCACUGCCAAGGUUCCUCAGCAGGUGCAUAUAAGUCUGGUCGGAAGUGAGCACAUGAGGGUUUCAUGGAUUACAGAGGAUUCUGAUGCGCCCUCACUGGUGGAGUAUGGAACAUCUUCAAGACAGUAUACUUCCUCUGCAACUGGAGAAAGCACUUCCUACUCUUAUUUUUUAUAUAAAUCUGGUAAAAUUCAUCAUACUGUGAUCGGACCUCUGGUAGCAAAUACAGUCUACUAUUACCGUUGUGGCGGAAUUGGGGCCGAGUAUAAUUUCAAAACUCCUCCGUCAAAUUUCCCCAUUUCUUUUGCAAUUGUUGGUGAUCCGGGACAAACAAAUUACACAAAGUCGACCUUGGAGCAUGUGAAAAAGAUGGAGCAUGACGUUUUCCUACUUCCAGGAGACCUUUCGUAUGCGGAUACAAAUCAGCCUCUGUGGGACACGUUCGGCGAGCUGGUUGAGCCUCUGGCGAGCCGCAGGCCAUGGAUGAUUACGGAAGGAAAUCAUGAGAUUGAGACGAUUCCGAUAAUAAUGAACCACGCAUUCAGAGCAUACAACGCCAGAUGGAGAAUGCCGUAUGAACAGAGCGGCUCGAGUUCGAAUCUCUACUACUCCUUUGAUAUUGCCGGAGUACAUGUCCUAAUGCUGGGCUCUUACAUAAACUUUGUGAAGGAUUCAGAGCAGUAUAAAUGGCUCCAGGGAGACCUUGAAAGAGUGGAUAGAGGGAGAACACAGUGGGUGAUAGCGUUGCUUCAUGCGCCAUGGUACAAUACGAAUACUGCUCACCAGGGAGAAGGAGAAGAGAUGAGAAAAGCCAUGGAAGAACUUCUUUAUGCUGCCCACGUGGACCUGGUUUUUGCGGGUCACGUGCACGCGUACGAACGCUUUACUCGAGUGUAUGACAACAAGGCUGAUGCCUGUGGACCCAUUCACAUUACAAUAGGAGAUGGCGGCAACCGUGAAGGCCUUGCUUCAAAGUUUAAGACACCAAAAUCCGAGUUGUCUUUAUUUAGAGAAGCAAGUUAUGGACAUGGAGAACUCCAGAUAUUCAAUGCAACACAUGCGUAUUGGUCAUGGCAUCGUAAUCAGGAUGACGAACCUGUUAUCUCAGACUCUAUUUGGGUUGAGAGUUUAAGCAGUUCAACAAAUUGUUCUUGCACAUCUCAACAAGUAUCAGUUUCUAUGGGCCAUGCCAACUCUAUCAAUGGACAAUGUAGAGCACUCUAAAGAAAAAAUUAACACCAAGAACAAUCAAACAUAGAUAAUGAUGUACAUGAGAGUUUUCUAUUACAUAUUUAUGAUAUAGUUAGUAUAAUAUUAAAUAAAUAACAAUUUCUUUUAGUAUUUUUCUUAUAAAUAGUUGUUGAGUCAAUCAAGAAAGCUUGUAAAAAAAAAAUCAAAAGACUUUAUAAGUCAACAUAAUGUAAUGUAAAAUCAAUGUGAAAAUCUCAAUUCAAUGAAUAUAAUAUUGAUGAAAUUCUUAUUGUCUACA